AUGGGAUCUAUCCAGGAAAAAGCACCCAACGAUGUCAGCCAACGGCCAAACUGGGUCCCUUUGCUGGAUACUCCGGUCCUGACCAGGAGGAAACUGAAGAUCGUCUGUAUCGGUGCUGGGUUCUCGGGCCUCACUCUGGCACACAAGAUCCAGCACGAGUUGAAGCUGGAGGAUGUCAUUGACCUUCAGAUCUACGAGAAGAACGCCGACGUCGGGGGGACCUGGUACGAGAACACGUAUCCCGGUGCUGCGUGUGAUAUCCCAGCUCAUGCCUAUACCUUCUUGUUUGAGCCGAACCCGGACUGGUCGCAGUUCUACCCUGCCCAGCCGGAGAUUCACGCCUACAUCAAGGCCACCGUGGCCAAGUACAACCUGGACAAAUACGUCUCGCUCAAGUCCAAAAUCUUGGAGACGAUUUGGGAUGAUGAGGCGGGACGGUGGAAGAUCAAAUUUGACGCGAAUGGAGUCGUCCGCGAGGAUACCGCCGAUAUCCUGGUCAAUGGCUCCGGGUUUCUGAACAAAUGGAAAUGGCCUGCGAUUCCUGGUCUACAUGACUUUAAAGGGAAACUCGUCCACAGCGCCAAUUGGGACAAGGACUACUCAUGGGAGGGCAAGAAAGUGGCCGUGAUCGGGAAUGGGUCCUCAGGGAUCCAAAUCGUGCCGGCCAUGCAACCAAAAGUGUCGAAACUCGUCACCUACAUCCGAAAUCCCAGCUGGAUCUCUAUCAACUUCUGCGCCGACAAGACCAUCGACGGCAAAAACUUUUCGUAUACCGAAGAGCAACGAAAAGAAUUCAGAGAAAACCCCGAAUCUCAUUUUACUCUGCGGAAGGAGUUGGAAGCGUCGGUGAAUGGAUUCUUCUUUGGAAUGAAGACGGGUCAUCCAUUCCAGCAAGGUCUCGAGGCUGCGUGUAAAGCUCAGAUGGGCGCCAUCCUCAAGGAUCACCCUGAAAUGGCGGACAAAUUGAUCCCCAGCUUCCAUCCUGGCUGCCGUCGCCUGACACCUGGUGAUGGAUAUCUCGAAGCUCUUCAACAACCAAACGCGAGCAUCAACUGGUCUCCCAUCACUCGAAUCACGGCCAAGGGGAUAGAGACGGCAGAAGGAGGGGAAGAAGAAUUCGACAUGAUCGUCUGCGCCACGGGCUUUGACACAAGUUUCGUCCCGUCGUGGAAACUCGUCGGGCUCAACGGGGCGACGUUGGACGAGAGAUGGAAGACCGACCCGGAAGCCUUUUUCGCCGUCCAGGUCGACACCAUGCCCAACUAUUACAUGUUCAAUGGACCCAACUGUCCCAUCUCACAUGGUUCCGUCCUCACCGAGAUUUCUUGGACCUGCGACUAUAUCCUCCGCUGGGCGGAGAAGAUUGCCACUCAAGAUAUCAAAUCCAUUACUCCAAAGGCUGAAGCAGUCGCCGACUUCAACACCUAUUCCCAGGAGUUUCUCAAGUCCAUGGUGUGGGCAGACAAUUGCCGGUCCUGGUACAAGAACGGCAAGGAAAGUGGCACCGUCACCGGUACGUACGCCGGGACCAUAUUACACUUUAAGGACUGUCUGGAGAGUCUGGGCGGCGAGCAUUUCGACGUUGUCUGGCGGAGCAAGAAUCGGUUCCGCUGGUUGGGCAACGGGCAGAGCAAGUGGGAUAAAGAUGGGAUGGGCGAUUUGGCGUAUUACAUGAGACUCUGA